AUGACCUCCCUACCAGCAGCGGAGCGUGUUCCCCCAAGCACCACCGCACUGGUCAUCGCAACCGCCAUCCUAGCUGGAGUUGUGGGCUUCUUUAUUGGGCAGGGCGCGUCGUUGGGGGUUUUUGGAUCGGGGUCGGGGUCUCGAUCUGCGUCUGCGUCUGCGAGAGGAGGGGGUAGAAGGGAUGGUAAGGAGAAGUGGAGCGAUGAGGAUGAGGAGGAGAGCGAGGCGGAGGAGGAGGAGGAUGUGGAGGAGAGUGAUGGACGGGGAGAGCUAGCUGCGUUCGAGGGGAAUACGGAGGAGGUCAAGCUUGUGCUUGUUGUGAGAACGGAUCUGGGGAUGGGGAAAGGGAAAAUCGCCGCUCAAUGCUCCCACGCGACUCUUGCCUGCUACAAGUACUACCUCUUGCGCGCACCGGACUCACCUAUCCUCAAACGCUGGGAGCGCGGCGGGCAAGCCAAAGUCGCGCUGCAAGAAAGGAGCGAGGAGGAACUGCUGGUGCUUCAGGCGCUGGCUAAAUAUGGCGCGUGGGGCGGUCUGUGGUGUACAGGAGUUUUCACAUUCGUGUUAUUUGAUGACAGGUCAUGGUUUUUCCCUAACCUCAUCAGCCGACGGCCACAAUCCCUUCCCCAAGCAAUUGGAAAAGGGACCAAGAUCGACCCGUUUUGGUUCGGACCGGAUUUUGGUAAAAUUCCGGAGUUGGGAGAACUUUGUAUCGCAAAGAGAUUGUACGUUAUGGCAGAUGCUCUGUCUAUUGAGCAGAAUAAUAAGAUCCGAGUCGCUCUUGGCCUGAAACCUCUUCCAGUCCCCGGCGCCACUGAUAACAACGACGGGCCCGUUUUCAAGCCAUCGAGAGAUGGCAACGAUUCAGAUUCCUCGGAUGACGAACCGGCAAGCACGUUAGAAUCGCGGCAGGCACAGGGAUACGACAACUGGAAGAAAUACCAAGAUGAAGCUGAGGCGAGGAAGAAGCGCCAGGAGAAACUGGACGCUAUCAAGCGGGCCCGUGAAAAAGCUCAGAAACUGGUGAAGCUCGAGGGCAAGGGGCUUGGCGAGCUCGAUUCCGAGGAGGCUGCUUUGGAUACCAAAACUUGGCUGAAGCAGCAGAAGAAGCGGCAGCGGAAGGUCGAGAAGGAGCGCGCAAAGAGGCUGGCAGAGGAACUUGCCGAGAGGGAGCGGAUUGUGGAAUAUACUGCUAAGGAUCUGGCGGGCGUGAGGGUUGGGCAUGAGCUAGGUGAUUUCGAAGCGGGAGGGGAUCAGAUUCUUACGCUUAAGGAUACCACGAUCGAUGAAAAUGAGGAGGAAGGCGAUGAGUUGGAGAAUAUCGAUUUACGGGAUCGGGAACGGCUCAACGAGAGAUUGGCUUUGAAGAAAAAGAAGCCGUUGUAUGAUCCUAAUGAUUUCGAUGGAUCUGGUCCCGGUUCUAUUCUGGCGCAAUAUGACGAGGAGAUCGAGGGGAAGAAGAGGAAACGGUUUACAUUGGAUGCUAAAGUUAUAAAUGAGGAAGAGCGGAUGGCCAAGCGGCAGGAUGUGUCGUCGAAGUUAAAGGCGCAACCUGUCAACCUCGAUAUCAUGCCCGAAACUACAGCGACGCCAUCAGACUACCAGGAAGCGACAGACAUUAAAAUCAAGAAGCCGAAAAAGAAGAAGACAAAAUCUACGAGGCGAAAAGCGGUGGAUGAGGAUGAUAUCUUCCCAACUAUAGAAACUACAGAUAUUCCGAAUGGCGGUACUGUAAUGGACUUGACACCCUGCACCCCCAGGCAAUCAGACAAGGACAUAUCUUUCGUUGACGAUGAGGAUUUGCAAGCAUCGCUAGCGGCGCAGAGACGAACUGCAUUCAAGAAAAGGAAGAAGGUUCGCCCGGAGGAUAUCGCAAGACAAUUGCGAGAAGAGUCGGAGCAAGCGCAGAAUGGGAUGGAUUUGGACAAUGCGAAUGGUGAGGAUGACGGUCCUGGUCUGGUUAUCGAUGAGACAUCUGAAUUUGUCGCAAACUUGCAGCGCCCCACACUCCCUGAUCGUCGCCAGCGCUCAGUCUCACGGCCGAAAGAAGCAUCUCCUGAAGUGAAAGAAGAAAGGCACGAAGAUGUAGAUAUGGAUAUGGAGCGGUCGUAUAAUGAUAUUGAAGAUGAAGAGGAUCUCCAAGAACGCUUGAAGAGAAGCGAUACCACGCCAGCUGCUGAUAUUACCGCUACUGGAUUAGAAGAGGAAUCGACACUUGACAAGGGUCUCGGUGCUACACUCGCCAUGCUUAAACAACGUGGACUGGUAAAGGAAUCAAAUGCGGGCGAGCUGAACACCCUCCACCGUGAGCGCCAACGAUUCCUACAAGAGAAGCAACGGCGCGAAGCGGAAGCAGAGCGUCGCGCUCGACUUCAGCGAGAACGCGACCGUGCCUCGGGCAAGUUGGACCGCAUGACCGCUCGGGACCGGGAGGAGUACGCACGGCAGGAAAACAAGCAGCGCGAUCAGCUAGAGUCGCGCCAGAUGGCCGAGAUCUUCAACCGCGAGUAUAAGCCGGACGUACAGCUGAAGUAUGUGGAUGAUUUUGGUCGAUUGAUGGACCAGAAAGAGGCGUUUAAGCACCUUUCGCACCAGUUCCAUGGCAAGGGGAGCGGGAAGAUGAAGACGGAAAAGCACCUGAAGAAGAUUGAGGAGGAGAAGAAACGGGAGGCGAUGAGUAUAUUAUUACCAUCGAGUCGUUAUUUAUUACGGCGUGAUUGUCUAAGAUUGCGUCUUUGCUUAAACAAAGAGGCGCAUCUCCCACUUAAUUGUAAUCAAUAUCUGCUCGGACAAGAUCUGAAGUCACAAGCGGUCUACUUUGGAGGGCAUAUCUGA